AUGGACACAAUUCGUGGACGCCACGAUGAAUACCUUAAGAUUGUUAAGCGAGCCAUUGCUUACGCGUCCGGCGGCAAGACGGACCAAGUUGAACUGAGGGUCAACCAAACGGUUCCCUCGCUCCCCAGACCUUUGCUGCGGCCGGACUUGCAGGUCUACAACCACACCACACAUACGGUGUUGGUUGUAGGCCUUGCAGUGGCAUUUGAUGAGCAGCCCAACGACGACCCGAGAACGUCUUCGCUGGUCCGGACAGCCAAGGCCAAGCGUGACAAGUACGACUGCGUCAAGCGACACCUCGAGCGUCAAGGAUGA